GCCAUGACUCCACUCACAUGCUAUAAACCCAAGUCCAACAGAGUGGCAGUGAAGAUGGUCAGCAUGCAUCCAACACCACCUGUCAUGACCCCACUCACUGGCUAUGAACCCAAGCCCAGCAGAGUGGCAGCAAAGAUGGUCAGCAUGAAUCCAACACCACCUGCCAUGUCUCAACUCACUUCCUAUGCACCCAAUUACAACAGAGCAGCAGUGAAGAUGGUCAGCAUGCAUCUACCACCACCUGCUGUGACUCCACUCACUUUCUAUGCACCCAAGUCCAACAGAGUGGCAGUGAAGAUGGUCAGCAUGCAUCCUCCUCCACCUGCCAUGACCCCACUCACAUACUAUGAACCCAAGUCCAGCAGAGUGGCAGUGAAGAUGGUCAGCAUGCAUCCAACACCACCUGACAUGACCCCACUCACAUUCUAUGAACCCCAGUCCAACAGAGUGGCAGUGAAGAUGGUCAGCAUGCAUCCACCACCACCUGCCAUGACUUCACUCACUGGCUAUGAACCCAAGUCCAACAGAGUGACAGUAAAGAUGGUCAGUGUGCAUCCACCACCACCAGCCAGGACUCCACUCACUGUCUAUGGACCCAAGUCCAACAAAGUGGCAGGGAAGAUGGUCAGCAUGCAUCCACCACCACCUGCCAUGACUCCACUCACUCGCUAUGAACCCAAGUCCAACAGAGUGGCAGUGAAGAUGGUCAGUAUGCAUCUACCACCACCUGUCAUGACUCCACUCACUAACUAUGAACCCAAGUCCAACAGAGUGGCAGUGAAGAUG